AUGGAGACGUUAAGCGAUCUCGUGCGGCGGCAGCGCUUGCAGCUGACGACUUUGUUGGAUACACACCAAGCCGAGCUGGAGGUGGUCAUUGGAGUGAAGCAUGCGGUUGUCAGCUUUGGAGGCGAACGUGGUGAGCGUGCCCGGCUUCCUGCCAUUGCAGAGCAAAGCCAUCGUGGAACCCCCAGCCAAAAAGGACAGCGGGUGUCGCUUGACGGCCUUGACGAUGCGAUGGAGUCCACGAUGAUGGUGGAGUCUGGCAGGCAGGAGACCCCUGGCGUUGAGUCCAGCACCGGUUCUUUACAAUGGAGAUCGCUGGCCUCCUUGGAGUCCAGCCCCUCCGGGAGCGUUCCGGAAAGGGUGAACCCAGUACCGACAGAGCAAUCUUGCUUCAAAUCUGGAAUCGAGCCCUCUGCCAGCCCAUCUGAGACUCAGCCCUGGACCAAGUUCCCACUUCGAUCCUACGUAGACAGUGCUGCGGGUGUCCUCGUGUUCUUGAGCUCCUUGAGCCAACUGCUGGAGCUCGAGCUCAAGGGUCGAUCUGCAGCUGUGGCACUUGGUAUGGAAGAUGGUGCAGAUUUCACACCUUAUUUGCAUUUGUUUCAAUACUCUGACUCCAUAUUUGACAUUCUCUUUCUAAUCGAGUGGAUCAUAUUGGUGGCCGACGAGCGACGCGAAUACUUUCGAUCGAUUUCAAACGCCUUCGACAGUUUUCUCGUGGCUGUUGGCUUGGUGAACUUGUACUUCAAUGCGACGGUGGUCAGGUCCACGCAGACUUCUGAAAGAUCUAUUGAAUGGCAUGUCCUGCAGGCUGUUACAGCUCUGAGAGCUGUCAGAAUGCUGAGAGCAUUCCGCUUGUGCCGUGGGAUACGCUUGCUUCUGCGCGCUUGCCAUGCCUUCUUGCCGUCCCUUUGUUGGGCAAUGGUGCUCUUGACCGUCUUCAUGUCGGCUGGUUCAUUGGUAAUGGGCACCCUUCUGCAACCUUUCAUCAACAGCAGCGCAGACUUUGAUGAUCGUGUGUGGAUCUGGUACCACUAUGGGACUGCGUACCGUUCCUUCUACACGGUGUAUGAGAUUACCUUCGCGGGUAACUGGCCAACGAAUACUCGACCGGUGCUGAAUAAGGUGUCCCAUGCGUUUUCAUUGUUUUUCCUGACUUACGUGACAGUCAUUGUGUUCGCUGUCAUUCGGGUGAUAACUGCCGUAUUUCUAAAAGACACACUGGAUGCUGCCCACAAUGAUGCAGAACACUUGGUGGCAGAGGCCCUCCGCAAGAAGGCAGAGUACGUCGAGAAAUUGGAAAACGUUUUCAAGCAAAUCGAUGAUUCGGGGCAAGGCAUGAUCACCGAAGAGCGUCUGAACCAGAUCCUGGAGGACCCCAAGGUUGCAAUAUAUUUCCAGACGCUGGACUUGGAUGUGCACGAAGGUACGGCUCUGUUUCAUAUCCUUGACAAUGGUGACGGAGAGGUCACCCUCGAUGAGUUCAUCAAUGGCAUUCUGCGAUGCAGAGGUCCUGCCAGAGCUAUUGACCAGGUUGCGAUGCGUGCUGAGCUCAAGCACUUGGACUUGAAGGUUGCGAGGCCGGGCUGUUGUGACGAAGGCCACUAUAUGCCAGUACUCUACGAACCCCAAGAGUAUGAUAGAUGUAGUAGCGAGAUAUGGACGACGCAUCUGACCUGGUUUAAUUUGAGAGGUUUCAUGGCAAGAAGAGUGUAA